CUUUCUUAUUCUUGUUACUUUUUAUUCACUGAACAAGAGAGACAAUAAUUCGAGAAUGUCGUUCUGGAACGGCGAUUUUCUGAACAGCGAGCUGUCGAAGCCGACGUCCAUCUUCGGGUUGAAGCUGUGGGUGGUGAUCGGCAUUUGCGUCGGCGCCGCCAUUGUCCUGGUCCUCUUUCUCCUCUCCCUCUGCCUCACCUCCCGCCGCCGCCGCCCCGCCGCCCCCUCCGGGAAACCUCUUAAACUCCACCUCCAGGAUCCCACCCCGCCCGUCUCCAAGGACAUCCCCGAGAUCGUCCACCACUACCACGAACGUCACCGGGCCCCAUCCUCCGCCGCCGCCGCCCCCGCGGAAGUCCAGAUCGACAUCGGCGGCAAGGCGGAGCACCGGGUGGUGCUGGCCGAGCACCACCGGCCACCGGCUCCGGCGCCGGCUCCACCGUCGUCGUCGACGACGGGGACUGCCAGCGGAGAGAGCCGGGGGACAAUGGAGGGGACGACGCCGUCGAUGGGGAGUGGAGGCCCGCCAGAGAUGUCGCAUCUGGGGUGGGGGCACUGGUACACGCUGCGGGAACUGGAGGGCGCCACCGGCGGGUUCGCCGAAGAGAAUGUCAUUGGAGAGGGCGGGUAUGGGAUCGUAUACCGGGGGCUCCUGGCCAAUAACACCACGGUCGCUGUUAAGAACUUGCUCAAUAAUAGGGGUCAAGCGGAAAAGGAGUUCAGAGUAGAAGUUGAUACAAUUGGGCGCAUUAGGCACAAGAAUCUGGUCAGGUUGCUUGGUUACUGUGUCGAGGGGGCUUACAGGUUGCUUGUCUAUGAGUAUGUGGACAAUGGCAAUCUGGAUCAGUGGCUUCAUGGGGAUGUCGGAGUUGUGAGUCCGCUAACAUGGGAUAUCAGGAUGAAGAUAAUACUGGGAACGGCAAAAGGGUUGGCCUAUCUUCACGAGGGGCUUGAACCAAAGGUUGUCCACCGUGAUGUCAAAUCCAGCAACAUACUACUUGACCAGCAGUGGAAUCCAAAGGUGUCUGACUUUGGUCUGGCCAAGCUCCUGUGUUCCGAGAGGAGUUAUGUAACAACUCGCGUCAUGGGGACUUUUGGCUAUGUGGCACCUGAGUAUGCUAGCACUGGGAUGCUGAAUGAGAGAAGUGAUGUUUACAGCUUUGGGGUGCUUAUCAUGGAGAUCAUAUCUGGGAGAGCCCCUGUGGAUUACACAAAGCCACCUUCAGAGGUGAAUUUGGUUGAAUGGUUGAAGAUCAUGGUCGGAGACAGGAAAGCUGAGCAGGUUGUGGAUCCUAAGAUGCCUGAGAAACCAUCUCCCAAAGCACUCAAACGGGCACUUCUGGUUGCCCUGCGGUGUGUCGACCCUGAUGCGGCAAAACGACCAAAAAUGGGACGUGUGAUCCACAUGCUUGAAAUGGAUGAUUUGCUAUUUCGCGAUGAUCGUAACCUUGGGCGAGAAGCAUCUUCUCGGUCAUUGGAUAGGUACAGCCAAAAAGAGGAGGAAAGCUUCCGCAGGCAUGACCAUCAGACAGGGUGGCGAUGACAGGACCAAGUAGGUGCCUGACAAUUUGAGAUUGUAAAUCUGAAACAAUAAUGGAAUUCUUCCAUUCUUGACCACUUAAAAAAUAUUACAUUCUCAUCUUGCAUUCAGCACCGUGCUGGGAAAAUGAUUUCUUUUCGAGGACAUCCAUUUGUGAAAUAAUAUUCGAUGAUAUCUUUCAGCUUGUAUC